AUGAGUUCGAGAAGUAAAAAUGAAGAUAGGCUUAGCUCUUUGCCUGAAGAGGUUGUUUCACAUAUACUCUCUUUAAUGCCUACAAAAUUUGCUGUGCGAACUAGCGCUUUAUCCAAAAGAUGGAAAUACAGUUGGAAGUUUGUCACAAACCUUGACUUCAACGAUUAUUACCCUUAUAAUGGUCUAAAUUGCUUCUCAAAUUUUGUGGAUCGGGUAUUGGAGCAUUGCAAAACAUCACAGCUUAAAUCAUUCAAGUUAGGUCUUUUUCGUGUUUCAGUGCAAAAGUCAGAUGUUGCAAAGUGGAUUAACGAGGCAAUUAGGUUAAAUGUUUGUGAGCUUGACAUACAUGUUAGUCCAAUUGAGUUGCCUCUCAGCCUAUUUACUUGCAAGACACUUACAAGAUUAAGAUUAGUUGUGGCUUUUCGUGACUCGGAUGUUUUUAAUGUUUUAUCUCCAAUUAUGCUUCCUGGUUUGAAAACUCUUGACCUCCUUGUUUCUAGCAAACCUUCUGUCACUGUAUUACGAUUCAUCCAUGGAUGCCCAAUACUUGAAAAUUUAUCUCUGGAGAUAAUGUUUUCUUAUGAUGAAGAACACUGCAACUUCAACAUCCCUACUUUGAAGCGACUGGAAUUAAGAAUGGGUAGUUUUUUUAACAGCAAAGUUAUUUUGAAUGUCCCUAAUCUUGAAUACCUUUCUGUUGGUGGGUGCCACUGCCCACAUUUUGUGAUGGGAGAUUUCUCAUCUUUGGUUGAGGCAACUGUUUGUUUUAGUAGUAUAAGAGAUUAUCAUCAGAAGGUUGAGCUUCUAAAAGGAUUAAGUGGAGUUAAAUCACUUUCGUUGCUCACUUCAACUCUUAAUGAAUUUGUACAUUCACAUUUGCCCAAGUUUCCCAAAUUGAAGCAUUUGGAAUUGAAGGAUUCUUUCAAAUCUCCAUGGAUCUUAGUUAGUCAAAUUCUUGAAAGCUCUCCUGAGUUGGAGCAUUUAUGUUUUGAAGAGCCGGAAGACAUUAGCUGGAUUGAGCCUCAGUCAGUUCCCACUUGUAUGCUUUCACACCUUAGAACCAUGAAAAUUACAAAGUGCAAGGGGAGAAAGUGUGAUAUACAUUUCCUUGAAUACAUAUUGGGGAAUUCAGAGGUUUUGAAGACAAUAACAAUCAUAUGUGGAAGUAUGCGCAUGAAGGAUGAAAUGGAAAUGUGUGCACGCUUAUUAAAGUUUCCAAGAGCUUCUAGGUUUUGUGAGAUUCAUUUUGUUGGGAAAUGGCUUAAUUCUAUAGGUAAAUAG